AAAGAGUGAAAAGAGGAGAAUAAAAGAGGAAAUGGCAUGGAUUCAAUUAAUAACAAAUCUCAAUGCAAAAAAAGGAACAAAUAUAAAUAUACGAGCAGCAAUAUUUUGUGCCGAUACCCUUAGCUGUCAGAACCCUGACACGGGCUGGCAGCUGAAUUAAAAUCUCGGCGGCAGCGGCGAUUGUUGACUUACCCCUCAGCCAAUCAAAACGCUGUGUCUGGCGCAGGAGGCGGAGCACGGCCGAGCCCAUCUGCCAAUCAUCACUGCGCGGCGCGGCGGCGUCUUGACUGGGCGGCGCUUGAAACAAGUAAAACUGUUUCAUCUCGAGGCGACAAAUUUGUGGGCGGGGCCAAGGUGGCAACGUUUGGCAGCUGGACACGCCGACUAGGCGGGAGUGAGAAGGGUGUUUGACACCAGCAACUCCAAGUCGUAGCAAAUUAUCCAAAAAAAUUUUUAACACCAGCGGUACAAACUUAACCGACUUUUGUCUUCCGUCUGCCUACAACAGCGGCGGCUCCACGACAGCGAACUUCAGAAAGGUCUUUGCUUAGAAGAAUUCACAGCUUGUCGCAAGGAAUUAGAAAAGAGGUGCUAUACGUGGGUGUGGAUCCUUACUCUUAAACCAGAAGCUUUCUGGAAUGGAUUCGAACCCCGCAUGAGUUCUCCUCCCACCAGCAAUACCCUGACACAGCCCUCAUCACAGAACUAGAAAACACAGCAGGUUGUGUCAACAAACUUCGUUUCUAACACUGGUGUAGAAGCUUUCUGAACUGUGACCAUGUGGCGGACGAGUUCUUCCCCUUGUGUCCCCGCAGCUGGCAGAGCGAUCUGCCCUUGGCGUCAUUAAGUGAUUACAAACUUGUGGUCAGCAACACAAGCGGUUGAGAGGACAGUGGAAGGUAGCCAUUCACCAGGUCCACACCCUGUCCACUGACAGCGACGAUCGAGAACUUUCUCUGCUUUCCUUGUCUGAGACACUGGAAGUGCACUGGCACUUACAUUCACUUGAGUUGUAGAAUUUUAGCAAAAGUUGAAGUUUGGAACCAACAUCUGUAACAAUAAAGCUCUCGCUAGAACGAGGCCAUAACUCAACUUCAGACUCACGGGUCAUCUAGCAUCUCACAGACCUUGAUGUCUUCGUGUGGAACGCUUCGAUGUCCUCAGAAGCUUCUGUGAUCAAUUGAACACAUCACCGAAUUUUCAUCUCCGCUCGUCGGAAGUUGAGCUCCGAAGAUGAUGAGCGGACUGCCCGCACUGUACCCUCUGACAGAGAAGGGUGCUCGCAAACCCAAGUGUGCUCGGUGUCGUAACCACGGAAUGGUGUCAUGGCUGAAAGGUCACAAGCGGCACUGCGUGUACAAAGACUGCACGUGCCCCAAGUGCAACCUCAUCGCAGAGCGUCAACGUGUCAUGGCGGCGCAGGUGGCCCUCAAGCGUCAGCAGGCGGCAGAGGACGCCAUCGCCUUGGGUCUGCGGGCCUGCGUCUCCGAGUCCGGGCCCCCUGUCAUGACUCAGGGACCACUGUGGGGCCCGGGGACCGUCACCCCGCCCAGGGUCAUGACCAGCGUUGCUGGUGUUGGUGUUGUUGUUGGCGGUGGUGUAGGCGCUGAAGAGGUACGUGGUGUGGUGGCUGCUGUUGCUGACGGACAGGAUGGAGGAGACUGUGGUGACAGCGGCGAUGACUCAGACCAUGCAACUAGAGUCGUGGACAGCGGAAGCGACAGUGGUCGCGAGACCCCAUCAACUAGCUCCCCCAUGGACAUCAACGACGACAAAACAUCGUCAGCAGACAAGACCAGCCCCGCAGAUUCCGGCGCCAGCAGCAGUCCCGCCAGCAGCCGUGGUCAUCUCCAGGGCAGCCUCAAUGUGGGCAGAGACCUAAAGCUGACUUGUCACGGGAGCGCACCUCCGAGCACUGCACCACCUGCCGGCACCAGCCGUAACGUUGCUUCCGCUUCCGGUAAAGGGUUGCCAGCGACUGGCAAGUCGGGUAGGGACAAGGCCGUGCAUGGAGACGGAGGGAACGCGGGUCAGCCCACUGCCUUCCGGCCGGGGAGGUUGACCCCUCUGGAGAUUCUGGAACGUUUGUAUCCGUACCAGCGGCGUGCAGUGCUGGAGCUGGUCCUGCAAGGCUGCAACGGGGAUCUGGUCAAAGCCAUUGAACACUUCCUGUCCUGCGCAAGACACGGUGAUGGCCAGCAGCAGGCCGCCAUACAACAACAGCAGCAGCAGCAGCAACAUCAACAGCAGCAACACCACCACCAUCACCAUCACCAGCAGCCGCAAAAUCACCAUCUACAAGCACAGCAGCCACACCCGCAACAACCCCAGCAGCAGCACUUCGAGACUUGCCGACCGGGUCUCUUCCUCAACGGCGUCCACGGAUCAUCGCCAGUCGUCGCCGCUGCAUCCUCCUCAUCAUCAUCCCCAUCGUCGACCAACGCGUCUUCAGCCGUAGCCUCCUCCGUGUCCCCACUGGUGAGGCCUGGCAUGGGGGUGGGAGGAAAGUUCGGAUCGGCCAGCAAGCUGACCUACGCGGGGCUGAAGUCGGCUUCACCCCACUCAGCGCUGCAGCAGCAGCAGCUGUGGGAGGCAACGGCUUACACUCCGCCUUCAGCCCCCACCUGUCCUCCUUAUCCGCUGCACUACCGGGGCUGCACACGGCCGACGCCUUGAGAUCCUCCUUGCUGCAGCAUCACACCACGGGACAGUUCCUACCCCACGCUGCCCACCACCCCAGCGUCCUUCAUCACUACCCUGGGCUAGCCUCGGCCACCGACCUUUUGUCUGCCACCCCUACGCAUUUGGCUUACGCAGGAUUCGGAAGCCUGGGGCUGGGUCCGACCCUACCCGGCAUGCUGACCCCUCCGUACGCAUUUCACCCCUAUAGACUGCCCCUCGGCAGGCUCUCUUCCACACCCCUUCGGCACGCACGCCGGACAAAAACAGUGACCGGUCGGUCGUCACCGAUUCUGAUCAAGUGUCCGAUGGCUGGGAAGAAGGCUCCUCCCCUCGAGAGAUGAAAGAGACUAAAAUAAUAUUUGCGAGAAAAAACCCGUUAUUAGAACUAAAGUAAAAUCUUGGCGAAUAUCAAACACCUUUUUAUGAAGACGAAAGAGACUUCAAACAUUGAACAUGCAGUGUGGAAACUGCUUCGACAUUUCCGCUGUAGAUGGUAGGCCAGGAAGUAUUUAGUAAAACAGACCUGCGUACACAGUACUCAGCGCCAUGACAACAGAUGAAAGAGACAUGUCAGACAGAAUAGC